AUGACUAGUGAUAGUAUUCCAUCAUACACAACAACUGCUACGAAUACAAUUAAUACUAACUUGUUACUUUGUGGUGUUUGUCCGGUUUCUGCUGACCAUAUACACUCAUCUGCAGACGUACAGAUGUACCACGUUGGUGAAGAACUCGAACGUGAGCGUGAAUCAAAUAGACGUCUCAGCCGUCGUCUAAUUGCUGCCGAGUUCCAUAAUGUUGAAUCUGUGGUUGAUCGUAUGCUCGAUCGAAUCGAGUAUAUGGAAAUGAAAAAUGAAAAGGAAGAAGCAGAAAAAACAGUAAAAUUAAUGGCUGUACGUAUAAAUUCAUAUUUGAAUUCAUAG